AUGUAGUGAGGAUAGGUAUUUUAAUUAAUUAUAAGAAGCACUCAAAAAAUUCUUGAGAAAACACCUAAGUGUAACCAUUUCCAAUUAAAAAAGGAUCUCUCUACAAAGUAACAAUUCAAAUUAGAAUAAUAAACAUAAUUAUUAUAUAAACUCAUCUAUUCCUUAUGA